UAUGGCCAGGGGGGCUGAGGAAGCCAAAGACAAAUGCUCUAAGGGGUUGGGAGUAGAGGACCACUUUGAGCCCCACAAGAGUUGUUGUUUUCCCCCCACGUACUGUUUGUUUGCAGCUGCCCCGAACAAGCGGCGCUUUAAUGAUCCGGCGCACUCGGGGCUGGCCCGGCUUCGCUCGCUGGUUCGUGGAGAUCCGCGCAACGGUGACCCGCUGCAGUGGAGGCAGUUGUCCUUCUUCGAUAUUUGUAACAGUUUCUUUUUACGCCCAGUCAUGUACGGAUAGCGGACGGUUCGCGCAGGAAUCCGGAUCAAGUGGAUCAGCGCUGACGGGUUUCUGGAGACGGGAUUACACGGCGCCGUGGAAACCCCGCUGCUGAACGCCCACGCACGGGCCCGAUCGCGCACCAUCUGCCUCGGGAGUAAUUAAUACUUCUCCAGAUUGGACACUGUCAAUGGAUGCGCUUAUGGCACCGCUUUGAGCGUGGCCGUGUCGAGCAGCCGUAAUAAUGGCAAACUUCAGCCUUUCAAUGCAAGGAGUCUGCAGAGCUGUUUGGCCCCUUGGCUGCGUGCUGCUGGUGUUUGGCUACUUCUCCGUGGCGUCCCCGCACCACGGCCGGCGGCUGAUCUGCUGGCAAGCCAUCCUGAACUGUAAAAACGAGCCCGAUUGCAACUACGCCUACGACCACUACGUGUUGGCCUGCGGGCCCGUGCUGAACGGGGGGAAGAAGCGGUGUCCCAGCCACUGCAUCUCCUCGCUGGUCCAGCUCAACAUGACCAAAAGCGGCCCGGCUCUGGAGGACUGCAGCUGCGGCGAGGACCAGAGGUGCAAACGCACCAAGCAGGCCAUCGAGCCGUGCCUCCCCAGGACUACCAGCACGGGCUGCACGGAAGCCCGGCUGCAGUGCGAGCGCGACGCGCAGUGCAGCUCCUUCAUGCAGGACUACUUGCAUCACUGCGGGAAACUUUUCAACGGCGCCAUCUGCACGAACGCCUGCCGCAACGUGAUCGCCAACAUGCGUAAAAUCCCCAAGGGUCAGAAGCUGGAGACGUGCAUGUGCGACGGGACGGAGAGGGCCAUCUGCGAGUUCGUGAAGAGCAGCAUGAAGUCGCUGUGCUUCGACAACCCAGACGUAUACAACAGGUACGAGGCCAGCGGCUCCGACGACGAGGACGGGGACGAUGACUCCUGGUACCCGGGGGACACAACGGAACCGUACAGCGGGACCCCUCUCCUGGCCGGGGGCCGAUGGGGUUUGAUCCUGCUGGCAUCCAUUUUGGCUCUGCCUACCCUCUUUUAAUCCGGGGGUGUUUUCUGUCGUCCUGGUGAAAGGGCAAUGUAAACUUGUGUCACUCACUGACCCGCUACAGUAAAAGCCGGACAGACUAACAUUUCUUCGGCACCAUGACGGGAAUAUUCCUCUUCAAACAGGAUCAAAAAAAGGAUGUGAAAGAUGUGACACCACUUCAUGCUUCUGCGGAUGUUUUGCUUGCGAGAUAAGCUCAACAGGAUCGCCAACUUUCUCCUGACUCUGAUUGUACACUUGUUUUAAUCAGCUGCGCACUGCCGAUCCUAAACCCCCCUCACCCCCAACCCCCCCCAAGUUUGAAAAUAUGAACUAUAUUUUUGUAUAUGACAAGGCAGUAGCCGUUUGGCACCACUGAUAUAGCUGUUUUGCAAAUAUUUAAUGUAACUUGUAAAUAAGAUCAGGAGUAAAAGUGAAACGGUAAUUUAUUACACGCCUCCAAAUAGGCAGCAUGUGUAUAAAGACUGCAAAUUCCAGCUUUAAAGGGAAGUUAUAUUGACCGAAAAUAGUGUAAAUGCACUGUAAAUACAUGUAUAGCUGAUAGAGAGAUUUUCUGUUUCCUUUGCAGUUUGUUCAAAAAAUAUUCUAUGUUUUAGGCUAUGAGAUGAUUUAUUCAUGAUGUAAAGUCUAGAUUAAGAACAAAUGUCUAAAUUCACUGUAAUAUUGCCUUAAUGAUAUAUACCCCUCCUCCCCCUCCCCCCCCCCACGAGGGCAUAAAGAAAACUUGAAGAUAAAAUUUGCGACUGUGAGUUGUUUGUCCACUUGUGCCACAUUGCUUCAUUUGACAGUGUUAAAACAGAUGAUUCGUGAAGUUUGUAAAGUCCUGAAUCAGUCUGAGAUAUUCAUAAAGCUGUUUUGAUGCUCGGGACACAAUCAACAAAGAAAGUUAAUAAGCUUUAAGCUUUAAAUAAGCAAGACUGUACAUUUUGGUAGGGCAGAUUGGAAGCACUUAAACGUCUUUGCUAAAAUGUUCACACCUGAUCCCUGUCAGUUACAUCGGCAACUUUUAUUUAUGCCUAGAGAAUGACAGUAAAGUCAAUCGGUGUUAUUUUUUUAAUUUUUUAUUUUACUUUACAUGACAGAUAAAGGUAAACAAAAAGAAGAGCUCGCUUUUUUUUGUCAAUAACCACAUUUUUUUUUCUUGACAGUUGCAGUUUUACUCGGAAAAUGUGCUCUUUUUUAAUCAAAUAAAAUGCAACAGUUAUUUAAAACGAAUGAAAAGCUGCCUGAGAAAUCCUUGUGUUUAUUUUUUUUUCCUUUUUAAAAUGUUACCAACAU